CUCUGAGGGGGCGGGGCAUUGUGAUUCUCAGCCAGUCAGAGUGAGGGGGCGUGUCUACAGGCAGCACAGAUCUGCUCAUCUGAGACUUGCAGCAAAUAAACUUCUGCAUUUAAAACUGAAGAACGCAACGCUGAUGAACUUUAUUGUUUCUCAGGAUGAUGUCAAUAUCACAAUUGUUCACUGUCACAUACAGACAACAGACUCAGUGAUUUCUAGAUGGAUUCCUUCAGAAGUGACAGCGUUCAUGAUGGGCGUCCUCAACUGGGCGAGGAACCGUAUGACCCUGAUCCAGUAUCUCAGGGGGAUGUUUCAGGAUCGUUCGGGGUGAAAGAUCAGGUCCAGGGCAUCAAUGGUCGGCCGUAUGUGGUGCAGAACGCCCAGGGGAGGAACGCUCCUUCUCCACAUUAUCCUGAUGUGUUCUUCAUAGAUCAUCACCAGCAUGAGUAUGUUUCAAAUAUAAGCGUAAGUGCGUCCAGCACUUCAACUCCUCGACCAGAUUACAGAUCUCUGAGACCCCUGAAGAACUACCAGAAAAACCCGGAGAUUCUACGACCAUAUGAUCCCAGGAAUACCAGUGUGAAUGUUCAGAGGAACAUGGGGACUCACUCUGGUCGAGGCUGGUUUAGCAGUCCACCAUCACCAGUCAGUGUCUCGCCCGUGAUGGUGAAGAGAGCCAGGAAUCCUGUGCCAGGAGCGGCCCGCGAGAGAUUCCAGGAUUCGACAGUGGAGAAUGUUCCCUGCCAUCCAUCACAUAUCAUCUGCAGACUGUCUGUUCCUGCCACAGAACAUCUGGAGAUGAUGAAAUACAGAGAAUCCACUCAGAUCGGCCGAGUCGGCCACAGGAGCAGAUUCACACCCGAGGAGAAAAGACGGUCCAGGAGUGUCGAGUCCAGAUCAGGUGGAACAUUUCCAGGGAUUGAAGGUUUUGGAAUGGAAGUUGGCAGCUUCCCUGUCUCGGCCCGUAUUCAAGCAACACAGACGUAUCUCUCAGCCAAUCAUAAAAAGCAGAAAGCUGAGGUCACAGAGGUGAACACUCAGAGGUCAGAUGUCAAAGUUCUGCUCAGAGAGGAGACACAGAGUCCGUCCAGAACCGGUCAGAACAGCAGUGGGCAGUCAGGCCCAAAGAGAGACACUCAGGCCACUCCUGAUCUUUUGAAAGGACGUCGACAGCUCACAAACCACCCUGAUGAGGAAACUGUGAAACUGGUGAUGUUUAACUACCUCAAAGAGGGGUCCAGUGAGGGUGAAGGUGUUAUCAGGCAGAGUGUGGAGGUGAUGUUUGAGAAGAUCCACAUGAUGAAGUCCAGAGCAGCAGAGACACUGGAGGAGUUUCAGUUGGCGGAUCCUCUUGCGGAGGUGAAUGAUCUUAAAGACAGACGGGUGGCGCUAGAGAGCAAAGUCUCUGAGUUACAACAGCAGCUGGAGGAAGCAAUCAAGAACAGCGAGAGUUUGUGUGAGGAGAAAGAGAGAAGUCACGCUGAGCUGAAGAAACUCCAGGAGGCGCUAGAGAGCAGCGAACAGGAGCAGAUUGACCUCCGACACAAACUCACUGACAAGGAGAAAGAUCUACAGACAUCACUGGACCAACUCCUGCAGGCGAAGCGAGUGAGAGAUCAGUGUCGUGCUGAGAUGAGAGAUCUCCAGCAGCAGCUGUCUGACAUUCAUGAUGAGUUAGACAGCACAAAGAGCUCCGACAGCAGACAGACACACAGACUGAUGCAGGAUCUGCAUGAGUUGCGUGUGGAGUUUGAGGCGCUGCAGGAGGUUCAUGAGCAGCAGGAGGAUGUGUUACAGUGCAGAGAAAGACAGCUGAUGGUCCUGCGCGGGACGCUAGAGGACGAGAUGUCCACUCAUGCCAGAGAUGUGGAGAACCUGAAAGACGAGCACCAGCAGGAGAUUCACAAACUCCUCAAAGCCACAGAGGAUGCCAAAGAGGCACAAAACACAAAACAUCAGCACACAACAGCUCUGAGUGUGGAGGUUCUGGGUCAGAAGGUUCUGGAGGUGGCGGCAGAGAAAGCAGCGAGUCAGAAGCACAUCUCAGAACUGAUUCAGACUAAAGCAGAACUCCAGGAGAACAUCAGAGCUCUAGAGGAGCACAUCACCACCCUCAAUGACGUCAUACAGCAGAACCAGAACCACGAGAACCGACUCAAAGAACGAGUGGAGCAGCUGAUGAUGGAGAAACAGAAUGUGGAGGUGGAGCUGAUGGAGGUCAGACAGAAGGAGGAGGACAUGUGUGCAGCCAACCAAGCUCUCAUGAGACACCUCGAGGACACACAGAGUGAGUUGAGCAGGUUGAAUCGAGCUCAUCGUGAGAUGAAGGACAGGUUUGAGGAGGAGAGCAGACAGGUGGAACAGUUGAGGAGGAGAAAGAGUGAGUUAGAGGAGGAGAGGAAGAGACAAGACCGAGACAUUCAGCGUCUGCAGGAGGAGAUGAGUGUGGUUGUGCUGGGAUCUGAACGUGAGACACAGCAGCUGCAGGAGGAAGUGAAUGCUGUCAGAGAUCACAGCCAGAGACAACUCAACACUUUACACACACAACUGCACAACACACAUACUGAGCUACAGACACACACAGAUGCAGCACAGGAAUACCACAGAGAGCGGGGUGUGUUGGAGGAUAAACUGUCUCGUUGUGAGUUUGAUCUGAAUGAGGCUCAACAGAAAACUGAAGAGCUGCAGAAGAGAAUCCAAGAACUAGAACACAACAAACACACAUAUGACGACAGACACAUCAAACUCAUGGAGGAGAGAGUGUUGGAGUUACAGAGAUGUCUGAUGGAGGAACAAACCAGCUCAGAUUCACUGAUGAAGAGACUCGAGAGAGCAAGAGAACAAAUGGAGCAGGUGAGAGCAGAUCUUCUGCAGGAGCGAGCGGUUCGUCAGGAUCUGGAAUGUGAUAAAAUCAGUCUGGAGCGGCAGAAUAAAGAUUUGCGGAGCCGUGUGUCGCAGCGGACGGGACAGGACGCGCUCAUGUCCAAACUGCAGCUGCGCAUUCAACAACUGGAGGAGAGACUUCUGGAAGAGGAGAAACAGAAUAAUGAGCUGCAGCAGGUGAAUCGUAAACUGGAGCGUAAGAUGAAGGAGAUGAUCGUUCACCUGGAGGAAGAGCAGAUGUCUCUACAGGACCAGAGAGAUCAGCUCGCUCUGCGUCUGAAAACAUUGAAGCGUCAGCUGGACGAGGCCGAGGAGGAGAUCGAGAGACUGGAGAACAGCAGGAAGAAGCUCCAGAGAGACGUGGAGGAGCAACAGGAAGUGAACGAUCAGCUGCAGACACAACUCUCCGCCCUCCGCUGCGAGAUCAGACGCAACAAGAGAUCCAGUAAACUUCAGACGACUGAAGAUGAUGAUGAAGACGACGAGGAGCGAGUCAUCACUUCAGACUGACACAUGAGCACAUAUCAUCAUCAUUCACAUGUGCUUGUGUUCUGCCCUAUAGUGAUCACAUGACUGAACUGCUGAUGUCAUUAAACUCUCAAGGAUCAUCACACAGUAAUUCAGUCAUCUGGACGAUAUUCUGCUUCAUCAUUUCAGUCAUGUCCAUUUGCAAAACUGAAAUGACUGUGGAAAAUAAAUACAGUUCAUAAGUUUGAAUGAAUCUGAUUUUGCUGUUUCUUUUAGUCAGAAAUGUUUCAUACAGAGUCAUUGUGCAGUAUUUGGAUCAUAGGAGGGUUUGAUAUUGCCAUAUUCAUACACCAUGGUAUUACCAUGAUGGUUCACUGAAUUGAAUAAUUUGAAGCAGUUUCUCACAGUAAUGAUGGACACUUUAGAAUGCAGAAAAGAAGUCUUCAGUAAGUUCAGCUUAUGAACGACUCUGUACUGCAGGUGAACACAUUUUCCAACCUAAAGAGUAUAAAAACACUAACAGUGCACAAAUGCAUGAAGUACCGCAGAGUACCAUCAUCAUUACCAUGAUUCUUGAACAUGCACCUCAGAGUAUCAAGAAUAAAAAUGAGUAGGGGGUUCUGGGUAUCUCAGUGAGUAUUGACGCUGACUAUCACCCCUGAAGUCGCAAGUUUGAAUCCAGGGCGUGCUGAGUGACUCCAGCCAGGUCUCCUAAGCAACCAAAUUGGCCCGGUUGCUAGGGAGGGUAGAGUCACAUGGGGUAACCUCCUCGUAGUCGCUAUAAUGUGGUUCUCGCUCUCGGUGGGGCGUGUGGUGAGUUGAGCGUGGUUGCCGCGGUGGAUGGCAUGAAGCCUCCACACGUGCCAUGUCUCCAUGGUAACGCGCUCAACAAGCCACGUGAUAAGAUGCAUGGAUUGACGGUCUCAGACGCGGAGGCAACUGAGAUUCGGAUUGAGGCAAGUCACUUCGCCACCACGAGGACUUAAAAGCACAUUGGGAAUUGGGCAUUCCAAAUUGGGGACAAAAGGAAAAAAUCAAAAUAAAUAAAAAAUAAAUAAAAAUAAGUCAUGAAUAGAGGCCAAAAAUAACAUUAGUCAUGUUUCUGAGGAA